AUGAAACUGGUAGAAGAAUUAGUAGGUGGCACAAGUAAAAAACAAAAUUGGAAAGGUUUAGGUAUUGCAUUUAUUGUUAUUACAAUUAUUUGUCUAUUUAUUGCUGCAGCAAUUCUUCUUACAACCAUUCAACGAACAACAACUCAUAAUGAACUUCUUAUAAUUAGUGAACAAGAUAUACUUAAUAUAAAAGUACCUAGACCUUGGAAUGGUACAUGGAUAUCUGAUAAAUAUUUUUCAUAUUUCGAUACAAACGAUUCUAUAUGGAUUUAUAAUUGUGAUACACUGAAAGAAGAAUUAUUAUUUAAAAGAGAUAUUAUACAACAAGAAAAUAUUGGUUAUGGAAUUGUUUCACCAUCAACAAAAUAUAUUCUUAUACCUAUUAGAAAAGAAAAAAUUCGUCCAUAUUAUACUGAAUAUCAAUAUGAACUUUAUGAAAAAUCGAAAAUAAUUGCACCAAUAACAUAUCCUGAUGAUCAAAAAAUAUCUUUAUCAGCUGUUUUAUAUUCUCAUUCAGAUCAUUUAUUUGCUUUUAUUUAUAAUUUUGAUGUUUAUGUAUAUGAUAUAACUCAGAAAACAAGUUACAGAGUAACAACCGAUGGAAAUCGAGAUACUAUUCAUAAUGGUCUUGUUGAAUGGAUUUAUGAAUAUGAAAUUUUCAAUCAAAAUAUUCUUUUAUUUUGGUCACCAAAUGAUCAUUAUUUAGCUUUUAUUAAAAUAAAUCUAACAAAAUUACCAAAAAUUCAUUAUUUAAAAUAUGAUUUAACAUGGGAAAAUGAUGAUCAAUAUUCUAUACCAUAUCCAAAAUAUGGUGAUCUACUUCCAUUACUUGAUGUUUGUAUUUUUGAUAUUAAGUCAGGAAAAGUUAUUUGUGUACCACGACCCAUCGAAUAUGGAAAAUUAAAAAAAUCUGAUGUAUACAUCUAUCAUGUUGUUUGGUGUAGUGAUACAUGUUUAUCUAUUGUUUAUGGUAAUCGUAUGCAAAAUUCAAGUGUAAUUCAAUUAUAUGAAAUUUCAAAUGAUAAAGUAAAAUUAAAAUCAAAAUUCAUUGAAGAAACAAGAAAAUCUUUUUUAUUAUCACGUUUUCUUAAACCAUAUUUUUCAUCAUAUGGUACAUAUGCUUAUAUAAUACGUUUUGAUCCAUUACAUAGUAGUAAAUCAAUACAAAAAGCUUUUCCACGUGUUGUACGAAUACAUUUUAAUCAAACAUAUCCACAAAUAGAUGCAAAAUUACCAGAAGAAAUAAAUGCAGAUGAAAUAAUUCAUGUUGAUAAUUUGGGUCAAGUUUAUUUUACUGGAUCACGUCACAAUGAUUCAUUAGGAAAACAAUUUUAUCGAUGGACUUAUUCAAAUUCAAAAUCUGAAAUUGAAUGUCUAUCAUAUAAUGAAUCAUGUGGUUAUGUAAAUGCUCAAUUUAGUCUUGGUAAUGGAACUUAUUAUAUACUUGAAUGUUUUGGACCAUCAAUUCCUUAUUCAACAUUAUAUAAUCGAAAUAAAAAACUUGCAUUUAUUAAUGAUAAUGAACUAUUUGGAAAAUGGGCAAAUAAUCGAUUAAUGCCUUAUAUUGAUUAUUUUACAGUACCAUUAGAUGAAAAAAAUACAGUUGGCAAUGGAAUGAUUAUUUUACCACCGAAAUAUAAGCCGAAUGUCACAAUUAUAUCUGAUCCUGUUAUUGUAAUAAUAAACCAUCGGUUAUUUGAUCAACGUGUAAAUAAAAAAUAUGUUGUACCAUUUUCAGAAUUUAUUCAAGUUAUACAUGAUAAUAUUAGUAUUAUUAUAUUUGAUGCACAUGGUAGUAUGGGACAAGAUGAAAGUUAUUUAAAAAAUAAUUAUCAGGAUUGGUUUGAACGACAAUAUGAAGAUUAUAUUAAACUUGUACAACAUCUUAAAGGGAAUGAAAAAACCAAUAAUCGAAUAUUCACUAAUGCAAAAUUUGGACUUAAAGCACAAGGUCCAGCUGCUGUUAUAGCAUUAAAAUUACUCGAAGAAAAUAAUGACGAGAAAGAACUAUAUUCAUGUGCAUUUCUUCGAUCACCUGUUAAUAAUUUAUCUCAUUAUCAUGCAAUUUUUAGUGAACGUAUUAGUGGAUUAAACGUUAAUGUAAAAUCUUCUCAUCGAUUAAAUAUUCGAAAUAACAGUUUAGCUAUUGUUCAUGGAACAGCAGAUGAAGUUGUACAUUUUAAACAUUCAGCAACAUUAACUAAAUCUUUAAUUGAUAGUCAUAUUCGAUUUGAUUUCAAAGUUUAUCCAGAUGCUGAUGAUCAUUUUGAAUUAGAUCCAACAUUAUAUAAUGAUGUAUUCAAUUUUCAACGGCGAUUUUUUCGAGAAUGUCUUGCUGAACGAAUAAAUGAAAAACCAAAAGUAAUUCCACCAGAAGAAACUGAUUGA